UUGCACAACCUCCCAGUCACGUGCAAUUUGGCUGGCGCCACAAAUUGUCACUCUUCUGCUUUCUUCUUCCUUCUCGUCUCAACGUCGAUGAUGGCAAUUGGCAAUGGCAAUCAUGAAUCAGUACUAUAUGCCAAUUAGAGCAAUUGAUACUGGGGCCACCGAAAGAUGAAGCAACGGAUUUCAGAAGCUACCCCUAAAGAUCUAUCACCCAUCCGAACUCUACCACCACUACGGAGUCUCCAUGGAGUUGGGCGCUCCCAUUCCCAAUUCUGCAAUCCAACAUCCCAGGGACCCAAAGCCAAAGCCGAUGAUCCCAAAACUUCCGAGUUUGCAUUUUUUAGGAAAGUGAAAGAAAAUUCAGGCCACAUAUUUCACUCAGAUACAUUGCAGGAAGAGACUAAGCAAGCAAAGAAGUUCAAAAUAAGUGACUGUUCUGGAGAGAGUACCAACAGUGUAAAAAAUAGUUGUAAGAACUUCAGGUCCUCAUUGCUCGCUGAAAAUAUUACACCUAUUAGCUUUAGCUCAUUUCUUUCACCACCUGCUGAUGCAUCAAAGAAGUCAGAAGCCCAUCCUUGGCAUGGAGAAAUCUUUUCUAGAAAGAGACAGAAACUACGGCAAUGGGUUGUGGAGACCUCGUAUCCCAAUAUUGAAGAUCUCUGUUCAAAGGGGUAUGAUUUUGUUUCCGUGCUUCUCAGUCGCCUGUUCCCUGAAAAUAACGAGAAAAGUGUAUUUAGGAAUUUAAAGUCAGCGGAAAUAAAUCUUGAUACCAAAUCUCAGUUUCUUGCUUCUUUGGAGUCGGAUGCUGAGCUCAAAAAAUUAAAUCAUAUACCUGCAAGAAACUAUAUGGAGCUCGACAAUGGUUCACACUUGGAUGAUGGUCCUAAUUCAUCUUGUUGGUUGAACAGAUCACAGGAAGCUGUUCUCUCAAAUUAUCACCCUUCUACUAGUGAUUCUAAAAUAGCACGUCUUAAGUAUGAAAUAAGGGAACCUGGAUAUAAAUUUGGAGAAAGAGCUCCAGUUCUGUGUUCUGAUAGUGAUUUAGCUUAUGGCUUUACAUCUCAAAGAUAUGAAUCUCUUGCAUAUAGUGGUCACAAAAAACUGGGCGAAUUACAUGAUCCAACAAAAUAUGUGAUUGAAAGAGAGCCACCUACUCUUCUUCUAGGUUGGGACUUUGACUAUGAUCAUGAUGAAAGAAACCUAUCUGUUAUUUGUCAAAGUACAGAGAUGAAUGUGCAUUCUCCCUCAUCAAGUUCAUGGGGCAAUGGUCCCCAACACAUUCUCGAUGAUAGGUUUUGUUUGAAUGAGUUGACUAAAUCAUCUUUCCUGUCCAUUUAUUCUCCAAAUAUUUUGUUACCUUGGUCCCAGUCAGCCAGUUGUAGUGACCAUGAUUUUCGAAGACGUGUUGUUGAAUGCCAGGAAAAUAGAUACACAGAUUUUAACCAUUUUCCUUUACCUUUAUCGAUUACACCUGACUAUCUUAAUUUGGAUGAAGAUUGUGAGAAUGACACCAAAUGCAAAGAUGGCAGCAUCCUCUUGGCCCCUCAAGACCUCUGUCAUAUAAUGAGCAAGGUUCUUGAUGAGAAAAAUCAUCAUCCUGGUAUAGAAGGUUUCCUCCUUUCCUCUGAACUUGAUAUUGAUGUUGAAUGGAAUUGCCGUUCAUCUACUGGGUCCUCAAGGAAGCAUCAUUCACCUUUCAAUUAUGCUCUUCAAUCCCCUCAAGGUGAAGGCACAUCUUCACAUUUUCUGCUUAACGACAUGAAUGAGAGUCACCUGGAUGCUUCCAGCCAUAGGGGAACCCUAAGUCAUUUCAGUGAAGAUAUUGUGAACAUUGGAGACUGGUCAUCAUUUUAUUUCCACAUACUUCGGGACAAAGACAAGGCAUCCCAGAGCCGCUUAAUGAAUCAAGCUGGGACGCAACUUAUGGACAAAUGUAUUCUGGUGAUAGUGGAGUCAAUUACAUUUGAUGCUUGCAAGCAUUCUGGGUGGACCCUUCAUGCUUUGAUUAUGAUGAUCUGUUUCUAGGCAGUUUGUCUCCAUAGAUACCUUGUUGGAGAUAUGUCCAUCAUUCAAUGGUUUUAGGCAUGAUGGCUACUUAGGUAUAUCAAUAGUGUAUCAUAGUGAUUACCAUAGUUUAUCUGGUCUAUCAACUGAUCUAAAUUGACUGCUUAUAGUUGCAUAAGCUGCUCAAUAUUGCUAACUGGUUUAGAGAA